AUGGCAAAGGGGAUUUCGGUCCUCAAAUUUGUGGGCACAGUGUCCCUCGGCCUGCUGACGGGCGUCUCAUACACCGUCUCGGCUGUCACUCUUCCGACCCUCGUCAGCCUCCCAUCAUCAUCUUCCGCCGCCCACGCCUUGACCUCUCUCCAAUCCGCUCUCCGUCUCCCAGUCCUCGCUCUUUCAUCUCUCGCCGCCGCUCCGCUAUUCCUGUCGUUCGUCUUGUCUCCGCGCUAUGCUCGCCACCCGUACCUCUUCUAUACGUCCCUGCUCGCUGUGCUGUCUGCCGUAGCUCCUAACUACCUCCCCAAGCCAGCCACCUCAACUUCGAAGCUUUCCGGCACCCGCAAAGCCACUUCGUCUAGGGCCAGGAUGGAAGCGAGCUACGAGGUCUUGGGUGAUUCGCACAGCGAGGGAGACUUGCCUAGCGAGUCAGAGCUUGAAGAUAUCAAUGGCGAGGAGGUCAGGGCCAACAUUGACGGUGCCGCGAGAGCAUACCUUGCUAGGACUGGCCUAGCUGCCGCUGGUUUUGUGCUGUCUGUGAUUGGACUCUGGGGUGAUGGUGCUCCUAGGUCCAUUCGCUACUAUUAA